CAGCUUUUUCUCAACUUUUGAAACAAGAUUUAGUCCUUAUUGAUUAUCUAUUGAUUAUUGAUUAUAAUAUUAAUAAUGGCCACACCCAUUAUUGAUUAUCUAUUGGAUUUGGACGAUUCCUUCGUUUCUGCUACCCAACACUUGGAUACGGUGUCAUUUAAGCAUUCGUUCUACAUAUCAUCACUGGAAGUUGUUGAAAGAGGAGCAGUGCCAUGUAGAACAAUGAGAACUGAUGUUUUAUGCUGCACUAGUGAAAGAGAUUUCCUAGCUAAGCUACACUGUGUCCGUCAGGCCAUGAACCUGCUACUGCAGUCACCAGAGAACAGAGAAUACCUGAUUGAUGCCGGGAGAGAUAUGGUAGUAUCACUACUGAUAAAAUCAGCAUACGAUGCUGGCCCAUUUCUUGAAGCUUACGAUAAUAUCAUUAAGUUUUGUCAAGUGCCGGAGAAUUUGAAUAAGACGAACAUUGAACUGUCGGAGAGAGGAGUAGUAUGUAUGAAUAUAUAUGACAUUGCUUUGGACUUCUUGUUGUUGGAUGCUUUUGAUGACUUGGCUAGCCCUCCUUCAGCGAUGCUGUCAGUGAUACAGAAUGGAUGGAUAUCAGAUGGGAUCAAGCAAAGUAUGUUAAAUACAGCAGUUUGGUCUAUUCUUAAGACUAAGAAGAGUUUAUUAAAAAGUAAAAAUGGGUUCAUGUACCUAUUCUACAGUCUAAGUGAGACCAUUUCCCCCGUCUUUGCGUGGGGUUUCCUCGGCAGUAACAAUCAACUCAACGAGCACUGUCAGCAGUUUAAGGCUACGAUAAUGAAGCUCCUCAUUGCUGUGUUUUCACUGGAGACUGUUAGAUAUAGUUCAGCUCAGACUCUUGCUGAUGACAUCAUGCAUCACACGAGAAGAGCUGUCAAUUCUCUUUCUAAUAUCUAGCAUCUUGUGUAUUUUAUAAUAAUAUGU